UGUAAGAACAGGGAUAGAUCGGACUGAUCGAUAAGGGUCAAGUCUACCAUUGAUGCGGAUGUGAAGAAUAAAGCAUCAUGAGAACUUUGUUGCUCUAUUCUUUCCACAAAGGAGCGUGUGUUGACGAGAUCGUAUUGAUCGAUAAGGGUGAAGUCUUCCAAUGAUGCGGAUGUGAAGAAUAAAGCAUCAUGAAAGCUUUGUUGCUUUCUCUGUUUUCCAGAGCGUGUGUUGACCGCGACCUAAGUCCUCGUACCCUUCCCACUCCAUCUUGACUUGUGAUCGGACGGCAGAGAUGUUAGAUGGAGGGAGAGCGGAUGAUCGAUGUGGAGUGUCAUCGAAUCCAAGGAUUCGGAGCCACGUGCGCCUUGAACCACUGAGGGCGCGUACGUUUGACCGAGAGUAAGCGAUCCCUCUGUGCGAUCCUCCAAUCGUGCGGCUCAAAAGACAAGAGUAGUCCGUCGUACGACUUCGGGCGUCGACGCAUUUCCCACGCGACCACCUGUUGGUCUUACGCCAGACGAGCCGUCGACCACCAUCCCAUCUAACCCUACGCAUCCCUUGCACUGAUCAUAAUAGAAACCGGGGAGGGCGAGAGGCAGAUCAUUUAGGGAGGGAGAGAGAGAACGAGAGGAAUUCUCCACCUCCGCUCGAUUCCUCUCCUCAAGCUCCUCUUCGUGAGCGAGCGAGAGGAAUUCUCCACCUCUGUUGGAUUCUCCUCGAUUUCCUCUUCGUCAGAGAGAGAGAGAGAGAGAGGAUUCUCCACCUCCAUUCGACUCCUCUCCUUAAGGCUCCUCUUCUUCGUCUUCCUUCCUUGUCCACCUACUUUCCUCACCGAGAAGGCAAAUGGCGUUAGCAGCAGCGGCGGCGGGGUAUGUGACUAUGAGGGCGGAGAAGGGUGUUGGGGCACCGCCGUCGUUGUUCGGGGCGGACUACAUGUUCCGGUGGGAGCAGCAGGGGGAGUACAUGGAGCGGCGGCAGAACUUCCUCCGGAGCUACCACUUCUGCCGCAAGCAGGGCCCCAGGGAGAAGGCGCUCCGCGUCCGCCGCCUCGCCUGGGCCCGCCUCAGCGGCGUCCGCCGCCUGCCGCGCCUCCUCUGGGCCAAGAUCCGCUCCGCCCUCGCCCUCGUCCGCGGCGGGCGCAUGAGAAGGCCAUCCCAACGCAUGGCCUCCGUCUCCUCGUUCCAGCGUCUGCCGCACCGCCGCAGCGCCAGCAACAUCAGCAGCAGCUCCUCCGCGGAGUCGCCCAGGUGGUAGUCGUCAUAGGAGACAGGGGCGGCCGCCUCUCUCAAGAAAGCUCUCUUUCUUCCACUGGCAUUAGAAGUCGUGUCAGCAGGAUAACUGGAAGCAUACGCAUGUGCAACGGCUUCCUUAAACAGGCGCAAGAAAGCCACUGCAAGAACGUUAAGAUGCAUGAAUAGAAUAUAACUAAAUGAUCUCUUAGCAUCCAUUCUUCAGGUCAUUACUUUUAGUUGGAUUUA